UUGGAAAACCUUUCACUUGUAACAUUCGGUAGGGAAAUUAAAAGGUUCUUGUUGGAGAAUUUUAGGCUGUUUUUGUAUUGUGUAUUGAGAGUUAUUGGGAGUUUGCUUUGUAGACUGCGGACUGGUUGGAGCGCUGCCCGGAGUGAGCCCCCGCUGACGGCAACCGAACGAGAGGCUAUAGCGGAAGUUGUACGGCGGGCUGAGAAAGUCGAUGAGGUCGAAGCCCGACGAAUCGGCAGACUGGUUGCUCGACUUGAAGGUAUGCGUAGAUCAGCUCAAGGGCCGGCUCCAAGAAGUUGUCUACUUUGUGGCGAAACCGCUAAGUUACUAUCUCCCUUACGAAGAUGCGCCAUGUGCCAACAUUGGGCCUGCUCAAAAUGCGUCAUAGAAACACCAUCACAACACAGGCCAUCCAUAUAUUCGAGAGAGCCGUACAUGUGCAACCUUUGUGCUGAAACUAGAGAGAUGUGGAAAAAAUCUGGUGCAUGGUUUUUCAAAUCAUUGCCGAAAUAUGUUCUACCAUCUAAAAAACCAACGGGACGUUACAAUGACUCCGAUACUGCUAAAUCACUUCAGGAACCAGGUACGAGCAGUACUGAUUGUAAGACAGACUCCGAUCCUGGUACUCUCCACAGUAUGCCUACACCUUCAUUCUCUAGACAACCUAGCAACACUGACAGCAGAAAAUCCGUCAGCUCGACACAGGAUAACGAUUGGAGCGAAACUGACAUUCUCAGCCACGGCGUGAGCGGCAUCAGUCUACAACGAGCUGACAGCAUUAGCCAAAGACCGCUAUGUCUCAAACGUACCAGCAGCAAAGGCAGCGCCUACAGUCUUAGAAACAUCAGAAAGGACAUCUCAAAACCGAUGACCCAAGUCGAAAGAGCCCCUACUAUUCCCGACGCUGGUUUCGGUACUAUAGAGAUAAAACUUGCCUAUGAUAACGGAACUUCUUCGUUGGCUGUAACAGUGUUAAGGGCUAGAGGCUUAAUCGGUAUGGACAUGACCGGUCUGUCUGACCCCUUCUGUAGAUUAGAAGUCCUGCCGCGUGAAGGGACAUACUUUAAUCGUCUGAGGACAAAAACUGUUCACAAGACAAAGAACCCUGAAUUCAACGAGACACUGCAUUUCUUCGGCAUCACUGAAUCAGAUUUGUCUAUAAAAUCUCUUGAAUUGGUUAUGUUCGAUGACGACCGUUACGGGUGCGAUGAAAUGGGUUCAGCGACUGUUGCUUUACGUGAAUGUCUGAAAACACCGGCUCAGCUGCGUCUUGCACUCUCCGGGUCUUCGGGUUCCGAACCAAUAGGACCAAGACUCCUGCUAGCAUUAUGUUACAGUACCAAGAAACGGGCGUUAGUCGUCACAGUGUGUAGAGGAAACGACCUACCGCCGCAAGAUAGCAACGGAUACUCAGAUCCAUUUGUUAAACUACAUCUCGAUCCGGACCCGUAUCACAAAAAACACAAGACGUCUAUUAAAUGGCGAAACCUAAAUCCUGUUUGGAACGAGGAAUUUCAUUUCGAGACGCGUCCAACUGAACUUUCCCGCCAAAAUUUGACUUUGACAGUUUGGGACAAGGACUACGGCAAGCCGAACGACUUCCUCGGCAGCUUGGUGCUCGGAGCUAGCAGCAAAGGUAGAAGACUGAAACAUUGGAUGGACUGCAUUAAAUUCCCCGACCACCGUCACGAACAAUGGCACUCGUUAACUGAUAUUCAACACUUGUAA